AUUAGAUGCACAUUCCACAGCCACUACAAUGAUUAGAAAAGCCGUUAAAAAAUGGGACUCACUAGUGAACAUUCUGUAUCUACAUCCGCCACCAAGAUAAUGUUAUUAAAACACGACUAAAACAGAAGCCAAAAAGAAACAGGGGAAAAAGGAAGAAACCCCACCUCCAUCUAAAACUUUGACACAAAUAUCAGAGUAACAAGGUUAUCGCGAAUAACCCUCACACUAUUACGGGCUCACCAUAGCCCGUGCUACAUGGACAUUUCGUUCUGAGUAGCUAAAUCUAAAACAACAACAACAACAUAUGAAAAUAAAGAAAUGUGACGUUUUGGCCAGUUCAGGACCCCCCUUAUUAAGUUGUGACUGCUAUAAUAUUAUACUGUGUAUCUACGCCACUCAAGACUAGUUCCUCUUACAUUGUAAAUUGAAAGUGAAUCAAUUUGAAUGUUGCUAUUUUUAUAAUUUAUUUUUGCUACCCAUGUAAACGACAUGCAAUGUUCUAUUGUCCGUUUCACAUGUUAUAAAUAUAAAAAAGUUGUUGUAUAGUGUGUAUCUGUCAUGAAGAUGGUUACGAGUCCCGGGCUUGGACAACGAACCGUCAUGCCACAAAAUGAAUGAAUGGAUGACAAUAAGAAUACUGUAUAUUAAAAUUAGUUUGACUGUAGAAGAUGGAAACAAAGGUAAAGAUGGAUAGACAUGUGCGGUCUACGUCCUCGGCUCUCAACCGAGGAACUCGACGGGUUCAAUCCUUAGGCAGAACAGAAACGGUUGAGCAUGUUUCCUUUCACCUGAUGCCUCUGUUUACUUAGCAGUAGCAUAAGUACCCGGGAAUUAGACCGUUGUUGUGGGUUGCAUCCUGGGGAUGGUCAGUAGGUGGCCUAGAGUGGACCUCAAUAGGCCUAAUAGUGCAGUAGUUUUAUAAUAACUAGGUAAAAACAUUUACAAACAAGAUAUUUAUCUAUAGUAUUUAUAUAGUAUUUAGUUAUCUGACUAACAUGUUAAAAGUGCAAUUAUUUAGUAUUUAGUUAUCCGACUAACAUACUGAAAGUCCCCGAAAAAUAUAGAUGUGCUACAGGGACUUUUUAGUAUGUUAGUCAGAUGGCCUCUAGUGUUAGUCUACUUCCUAUACCUAUAUAAUAAGAGAGAAUGUCUAUCCAAGUUACAGCCCCGCUCCUGUGCCAGGUAAGUCCACUACGGGCUCACCAUAGCCCGUGCUACUUGGAACUUUUAUUCCCAGUAGCUGAAUCUAAAACAACAACAUCAUCUGUUUGACUGUUCAAUGUUGGAGGCCAGACACAUAGGGCUGGCCUCACCCAAGUUUGCAGACGUAAUGGACUGAUAUAGGCUGGUCGGAGUCUUCAGAAUUCAAGAAGGAACAGUGGGCCAGGAUUUCAUUCCGACUCUCACGGCUUGGUGCCUUCUUUUGAUAAUUACUUCUGACCCCCAUGACGAUUUUUGGCACUACCUGCUAGCUGCACCUAGCACCCUGUGGAAGGUUCUGCUAAUGAGGACGGCUGGCAGUACAGAAAUAGCCUGAACGGAUAUCCACACAGCAUUAUCUUAAGAGACUGAGCUUACGAAACGUGUCCGUGUACAGUGAUAAAACAGACAACCAGCGCCUUAACGACGGUGCUGUAGUGGAGACCAGGAGGCAGGGUAGUGCCUGGUGGGGAGGUGUGACGCAGACACUGACGUGAGGGUGUGCUAACGUCAGGCUCCGUCCUCCCCGGCCCCAAGAGUCCUGUCGACGCCAUGGACAACAGCGCCCCGCUCACGCUCUGGCUGCUUGUCAACAAACAUGGAGCCACUGCCGAGGGUGAGAAGAAUAUUGGUGCCAAACGGUUGGUGUCAGUACCUAUGUGGCCACAGUGGUCGGCUAGGGAGGUUCAAGCGGCCCUCCUCGAGGCCCUGCAUAAGGGCCACAUCGUGCCCUCUUGCGCCCAUAACAUCGUCAGGGUUCGUGACGCCCAGGGCGCUCUAGUGCCUCUUACGCCCACCACCCUCAAGUCCACGCCCGUCCAGCCCCUCCUCUUAGAUCUCUGCACCGCCCACCACAACGGUGAGACUCUGGCCUUCACUGUUACUGAUGUCCUUGAGGCUCAGACGGAGGCCAGGAUGACACGCCGAGCCUGCCGCCUUCCUUCAGGAAAACUGUGCAAGACAUCCUUGCUCGCUUCGAACGGCAGUUGUCGAGGGUGGAGGCGGGCGUGGGCGGUGUGCAGGCGCGGCGGGCGGCCCUGGUGGAGGCUGAGUUACACAGCAUCCAGGACACUCUCGCCUUCAUGUCCCGUCGCCUUGACCUUACUCCCGCCCCAGACUGGCUCACAGGCGCUCAAAUCUGAGUCCUCCGUGUCACCCGGUCCACCUCACACUCCGUGCCAUCAUCUGCCAGGCUUCAGUCCUUGUGACCGUGUCGCCAGGUCCACCUCACACUCCGUGCCAUCAUCUGCCAGGCUUCAGUCCUUGUGACCGUGUCACCAGGUCCACCUCACACUCCGUGCCAUCAUCUGCCAGGCUUCAGUCCUUGUGACCGUGUCACCAGGUCAACAUAACCUCGCUUGCCACCAACAUUGUCAUUGUGUCAUCAAUGUUACUGUCACCUUUCGUGUCUAUCAUCGUCAUAUAAAUGAUCAUAUAUAGCCUAGUGUUAUUAUUAUUGUGGGCGACCUGGUAUCGCUUCGGAGCUCAUACAUUGUUUGGUAAAUACAUUCUGAGCUGCUCCGGUCGAGGUAAGAGAUACAGGUCUCUUAACUGGACUGGUGAAUGCUUGAUGAAUCGUGACCCCGACAUCUUAAAUUCUGCACAUCGUUAUCAGAUUCCUGAUUUCCUUUAACACCUUCCUUCUUGAACUUCAAUCUUCCUAUUUCUUAUUUUCUGCAUUCGUUGUUGUAUUCACCUCCUGACUUCCUGGACUGUUAUCUGCUCCCCACAAGGCUUCCUGGCUUCAUCUGCUGGCCUUGGUGUGAGGUCUUAGGACACCCGCCACGCCCUUGUGGGUCUUGAUGAGCUCCUUGUGAGGCGCCUGUCAGUCGUCAGCCAAGAUUUGGUCCCCUUUUGGCAAACUAUUCCUGUUAGGUUUCAGAUGUUCGCUCACUUCCUCUCUCUGAAUCUUUGAUCAUGUAUGUUCUUUUCAUUAUACAUGUCUUAUAGGCUAUCUGUUUGUAUAUUUCUCCAUGCUUGUCUGUCUGUCUGUCUGUCUCUCUCUCUCUCUCUCUCUCUCUCUCUCUCUCUCUCUCUCUCUCUCUCUCU